AGCAAGCAGUCCCUGACCCUGGUCCAAACUGUCCUCUCUUUCGGUGGGAUGCGACGUGGUAUUGACGAGACAGUCUUCGAGAUAGUCUUCGAGAUAUGUCCUCGAGGCUCCUAGAGCAAUGUCCUCAACCGAAAGGUUUGCGAAAGGUGGGACGCUAACGGCGCACGCUGGAAUUUUAAAUUCAGGUUUUAGAAAAAAAAUCGUGGAUAGUCCCCUAUCUUAUCUUCUCUAACAUGUCUGAGAUUGAUAUACCUCCUCCGUACGAUGGCAUCGUGUCACCCUUGGAUUCACUCCGACCAACUUUAUUCUCCUUUCUAAGGAAGAAACAGAACGUUCUAUCAUGCAUCCGUCAUAUAGUCUCCGCUCCUGAUUCCACUCCUUCCUCAAUCGCAAAAAUAGCCAACGCGUGUGCUGCCACUCUUACGCCCGCACAGUUCGCCCGCCUCCUCCAAAAACCCAACAUAGAGGGUCACACAGCCCUCUAUUGGUCAAUCGUCAAUCACGGGCGAGAAGCCUUUUCCGCACUUGCCACAUUCGUCCCGCAAUUCACUCCCGUUUGCUCUUCCGGCUUGCGUCUGGCCUGUAUCGCAACUAGAGACCACGAAUUGUUUACCCAGUUGAAGUUGGGGCAUGUUGUCAAUCCCGAGGACGAGUCUUUGAGGCGUUUUCUGGGCUGUCCGCCUGAUGAGGUGCAGGUGCAAUCUGUCGCAGGGCAUACACCCAACAAAAACGAAAAACGCCUGCGCGCGAAUCUAACACAGGAAUUGGGCAUAGAAUUUAUUGCAGGGGGGCACACAUGGUUAUUGAUGUCCUGUAUGAAGAAAGAACAGCGGUGCAUUUUGCUUAGUGUUUCUGACGAUAGUUUACCGGCGUGUGUAGACUCCUGUGCGCUUGUCGUCCAGGCACCCAGCGGAAAACUCCACUCAAAGAUAUGCGAAUACCGCAUGCUUUCAAAACGUUUACCGCGGUACCUAUGGGAUCCUACACGACAUCAACAAGCUGCUUCUACAAUAUCUAUUGGCCUUUGAACUGGCUCAUGAACGAGCAACUCUUUCUUAUCUUAUUUUGCAGUUGUUCUGAUGACCAUGUUGUCAGCACGAACAUGCUGGAUUGUGAUGGCACCCUGCAUGUAAAGCUGGAGAUCACAUUAACGUAGCGACUCCUAGUAUUCCGUUCUGGCUCAUGUGUUUCUAGUUUUUAUUCUGUCAAUUUCAUUGCUUCAUGUUAUAAGUCUUUGGCCUGG